AUGAAGGGCCCAAUUUAUGAUCAUAAUAAUCUGUGUAACAAAAUGGCUGUGAAUAUACAAAAUGCUUUAUUUAGCUAUAAAAUUAAUAACGUAGUCUUAAAUCAUUUAACGAUGCAAAUACCCAAAGGUAAAAUAUUUGCACUGUUGGGACCGAACGGUACCGGAAAGACCACAUUAAUGCGUGUAAUAUUAGGUGAAUUAAAAUUAACCAUGGGCACAGUUGACGUGUUUGGCAAAGAACCGGGUUCUAUAGGAUCAGGUAUUCCCGGACCGGGAGUCGGGUAUAUGCCUCAGGAGUUGGCAUUAUUUGAUUAUUUCACUGUCGGUGAAAUAACUAAUUAUUACGGAAUUAUAUAUCACAUGAAACGCGAGGAAAUUGAUAAAAAUGUUAGUAAUUUACAACAAUUAUUGCAUUUACCGGACAAUUGCCGACGAAUUAGUGAACUAAGUGGUGGACAACAGCGCCGGGUGUCGAUCGCCAUAACAAUGUUACACAAACCCAGACUCGUUAUAUUGGAUGAGCCGACAGUUGGUGUGGACUCUUUGCUCAGGCAUAGGAUAUGGCAAUACUUGGAGAAUAUGUGCGCUGAAAAUGGCCAAACAGUGAUAAUAACGACCCAUUAUAUAGAGGAGGCCCGGAGUGCGCAUAACGUGGCGUUCAUGAGAUGCGGCGCUGUAUUGAGACAAUCAAAUCCACAACAAUUGAUGGCUGAAUACGAGUGCCCGACACUGGAGGACGUGUUCCUACAGUUGUGUCAUUCCAGCGAAAACACGGCUACUUUGAGACAAGACAUGAAACGCAUUGACAAUACAGACAUUGAUUUAAACAAUACCAAUAUUUUGACAACAAUUGACUCAAACAUUAAUUACAAUAACAAUGCGUUUAUUGAUUGGCAACGACUGAAAGCAAUGCUUAUAAAGCAAUGGAUUGCUAUUAAAAAGCGCCCCCUAUUUAUGUGCGUCUAUUAUGGCAUCACAAUUAUAACCAUGGUAGUAAUGAAAAUGAUCUUUGCUGGAAGCAUUCAGCGCAUACCGAUUGGUGUGUAUAAUACCGAUCUAACUGUCGAUAAUGAAACAUCAUUAUCUAACUUAAUAAUUAAUUCAAUGAAUGCAAAACACGUGCGUUUAUCUCAUUACCCAUCGAUCGAUAGCGCCGUUCAGUCGGUAACAAAUGGUGACAAUUAUUUAGUGUUUGAAUUUCGGGACAACUUUUCCGCCAAUUUUGAAACACGAGUGACCGAUAUGUUUGACGCCAGCGAUGAGGCCGUUGAACAAAGCCUAAUACGACUAUAUGUAGACCUUUCACACCCUCACAUCGGUUUCAUGUCAAUUAAAUACGUUUUGGAAGGCAUUGAUAUAUUCCUAGAGAAAUUAGGCCACAUGUUAAAUAGGACAAACAUUCACCAACAAAUGACCGCGAUUAAUGUGGCCCAUGUAUUUAACGGCGAUCUACACGACAUAACGGUCAACUUUAUGUAUUUAGGGCCGCAAUUUAUGCUUGUCAUGGCUUUUGUAAUGAGUUUAGUGUUAUCAUCAUUCCUCAUGGUAAAUGAUAAAUCAUCGCGUAUAAUGAACCGGGUGUUUGUGGCCGGUGUGACCGUAUAUGAAUACAUUGGGUCCCAUAUACUGGUCAACGUUAUCGCUGGUUUAGUUCAGAUGAUGGUCGCCAUGAUUGUGGUGUUUGUCGUAUUAGGUGUCCAACAAUCGGGAAUCGGCAUUUUUGUCGGUUUAUUACUCGCUGCUAUUUUCGUCAACCCUGCUGCUAUUAUGAUUUCUAUAAUGGCUAUAAUAAUGCCCGUGUAUUUUGUGUCGGGCCUCAUUUGGCCGGUUGAGGCCAUUCCCCAUACCUAUCGGUUUAUAGCCUACAUGAGCCCAUUGACACUUCCCAUACAAUCCAUUCGUAACAUAAUGGUGCGAGUGCAACCUCUCUUGGGGGAACUUCUCUUGGGGGAAUACCUCCUUUAG